CAAACCAUUUAGUCUAAGCUUGAGUUUUGUCCAAAUUACUCGUCAAAAAAAUGAAAUUCUUUGCCAUUGUGUUGUUGGCUAUUUUUGCCCUUAUCUCCUCCUCGCUGGCCCUGAAACACGAGGAUUGUGGUUUGGAGCAUUCCAAGGAUGGUCAUGGUGACAUCAAAUGUGCAGCAUAUUUCCCCUCCUGGACAUAUAAGGCCGAUUCAAAUGAAUGCAUUGAUUUCGUUUAUGGCGGUUGCGGUGGCAAUGCCAAUCGCUUUUGGAGCUUGGCGGAAUGUGAACAAAAGUGCAAAGAAUAGUUGGAACUAAAAAAUAAUAAAAAUGGAAGAACAAAAAGGCAAA